GUCUGUGGAAAUCGAUUUGGGCAAAGAAACCUGUUAGAACGGCAUCUAAGGGACAAACAUCAUGUGGAGUACCUUGAAUAUCUCUACCAGGAAGAACUAGAAGAGGAGCUGGAGCGAAAUAGAAUUGAUGAGUUAACUUCCGGUGGGUUCAUUCCCCCUCAGUCUGCGAUAGAAUCGAACAGUUACGAAGUUGAUGUCCAAGAGAUCCCUCUUCCCGGGGAAUUGUCCAAUGGUGUUGUUGCUAGAUUUGAUGCCAACGGCUACCUUCGGCAACCAAAAAGAACCUUUCGUAAAAAGGUUUCACCACAAUGUCCGUUUUGUGACAAGCGAUUCAGAAAUGAGGUUUCAUUAAAGAAACAUUUUGUAAAGAAACAUCCCGAAUGCGUUGAAUUUGUGCAAUGUCUUGACUGUUUCAAAUGCCUACCCGAUAAAACUCAUCUUGCUGAUCACGAGUGCGAUAUGACAUGGUUGUGCUACGAGUGUUCACCUAUUCAAAAUAUGUGCACUGAGCAACGCUUCACGAACCACAGGGCAAAGUUUCAUCGUGGAGCUAAUUCUGGCUUUCGCUGCAACGAAUGCAACCAGAAGUUCCUUACUCCCCGGAAGCUCAGGAAGCACAGAAAAAUGUCCCAUGUUUUUGUGAAGACUUAUGCUUGUCACUUCUGUGAGGAACUUUUUACUAGUGAAGUUUCGGUUAUGACUCAUGAGCGGAUUCAUACCGGUAUCAUCAAAUUCGAAUGUAAAAUCUGCGACUUCCGGUGCAAUAGAUAUAUCCAAAUGGAGAAUCACAAGAAA